AUGAGAUAUUCCAUCACUACUGUUAUCUGCGCACUGGCAGCCGGUGCUGCAGCUCUUCCCUUUCCCUCCGCCUACACCCUUGUCGCUGAUGGGGGCUGGACGGUGGUUACUGACGGGACUCAUGCCUUCAUCGGCACCGGAGACAUCGAAAACUACCCGAUCCUCAUCUUGAAAGGAGGCAACAACCACGGCAAAAUCACUGGAGCUGCGCAGCACCGAGCAUCCAACGGCGUGCAACAUCUCUACGUCAUGUCGAGUACAGAUGCUCCGAUGGCGCUGACCAGCCCCGACUCCGACGCUCCUGGUGAUGCCGUUGUGUCUGAGUUCGGGGUCGAUGAUCAGAAUUACCUGACUGUCAACGGGAAGAGCGCCUUUGGCGUGGAUCCCAACUCGGGACCGAUCAGAGAGAUCUAUCAUCUGGGGGGCUCGGAUUCUCAGUACCAGCCCAUCUCUUUGUGGGUGAAAGAAUGCAAGGGAUGUUGA